GCAAAGUCUGCUUUUCUCCAUUUUCCUUUCAAGAUGGCAUUCUUGAAAUGCCUUUACUCUGUCAAAAAUGAAGUGAUCCUCUUCUUAACUCCGUUACUUCUUCUUCCACUGCCUUUGGUGAUCAGGACACAGGUGGCAGAAUGUGCUUAUGUGAUAAUCCUGAUGGCAGUGUACUGGUGCACAGAGGUUCUACCUCUGGCUGUAACCGCUUUGCUUCCAGCUCUCCUUUUCCCUUUAUUUGGAAUCAUGGAGUCCAAAGAUGUAAGUAAGAAAAACAUGCCACAGUGUAUAGGCUUAUUUAUGUGUGCAUACAUCUUAUCCAGUGUGAUCCCUUUGUGUCAGGUGUGUAUGCAGUACCUAAAGGACACAAACAUGUUGUUUGUUGGAGGACUCAUGGUUGCUGUAGCUGUGGAGCACUGGAAUCUGCACAAGCGCAUAGCUUUGAGGGUGCUGCUCAUUGUUGGUGUGCGUCCAGCACUACUGAUGAUGGGCUUCAUGGGUGUAACAGCGUUCUUAUCCAUGUGGAUCAGUAACACCGCUACCACAGCUAUGAUGGUGCCAAUUGUCCAAGCAGUGCUGGAACAGCUAAACACCAAUGAGCCAGAAAUGCCUCAAAUCUUCAGCUCGGAUGAGCAGGUCCAAACAUCAGAGACUGACAAUAAAGCUGAUUCACAGACAGAGAAACAGAAUGAGGGACAAGGCCCAGUAGUAGUGACUUUCUUAGAUGCCACGACUGAGGCUGUCAGGCAUAAGGAGGCAGCAGAACGGCGGAGAAUGUGUAAAGGCAUGACCCUGUGUGUUUGUUAUGCUGCCAGCAUCGGAGGAACAGCCACACUGACAGGAACUGGUCCCAAUCUGGUGCUCAUGGGCCAGAUGAACCAGUUGUUUCCAGAAAACGGGGACAUUAUUAACUUUGCGUCCUGGUUCGGUUUUGCCUUCCCCAACAUGAUCAUCAUGCUCACACUGGCAUGGCUUUGGCUGCAGUUUGUCUUUAUGGGAUUCAACUUUAAGAAGACAUGGGGCUGUGGGGCUGUGAAGACAGAAAAGGAAAUUGCUGCAUAUAAUGUGAUCCGUGAACAGCAUCGCCUGCUGGGGCCGAUGUCCUUUGGAGAGAUAAGCGUCCUGUGUCUCUUCAUUUUGCUCGUGUUGCUGUGGUUCACAAGGGAUCCAGGCUUUGUCAAUGGCUGGGCAACAGAUAUCUUCAACUCCCAAGCAGAGUAUGUAUCAGAUGCCACGGUGGCAGUCUUUGUCACAGUCCUUCUCUUUGUUCUGCCCUCCAAACCUCCACGCUUGUGUUCUUUUAGGACUCAUAGUUUUGACAUAGCAUCUCAUCAAACUGCUGGCCCAACACCUCGUCUCCUCAGCUGGAAAGCUGCCCAAAAGAAAUUACCUUGGGGUAUUGUGCUUCUUCUUGGAGGAGGGUUUGCUCUGGCUAAGGGCAGUGAAGUGUCCGGACUAUCAAAGUGGAUGGGAGAUCAGAUGGCUCCUCUGCAAAGCAUCCCUCCCUGGGCAAUUGCCAUUGUCUUAUGUCUGCUGAUUGCCACAUUCACAGAAUGCACCAGUAAUGUAGCCACUGCAACGCUCUUCCUACCCGUCUUAGCUUCGAUGUCUCAGUCCAUUGGAAUCAACCCGCUGUACGUCAUGGUUCCUUGUACCCUAAGUGCCUCAUUUGCCUUCAUGCUGCCUGUCGCAACUCCUCCCAAUGCCAUAGUCUUCUCUUAUGGAUACCUUAAGGUUGCUGACAUGGCCAGAACAGGAUUCGUCAUGAACAUCAUUGGCAUUCUUUGUAUUACACUGGCCAUUAACAGCUGGGGUAAAGCAAUGUUUCACCUAGAUUCUGUCCCUGCCUGGGCCAAUGUCACUGGAGUAUGAGACUGGCUCUGCAGUGAGAGAGGAUCCAUGCACAAGCCUAUCCACAGGUGCCAGACUAAGACCUGUGGUCAGAGGGAUGGUAUUGGACCACGCAGUGAGAUGCAUGUGUGCAAUUGGAGUUAGGACACAAGUCUCAUGAGGCUCGUUUUGAUUGACACUUGAGUGAAAAAAAAGUGGCGAUCUAUAAAAUUAGGGAGAAAAAUGGUUCAAUUACAUAAAAAUAUUCAUUUUCAUGUAAUUGAACUUUAUAUAUACAUACAUAAUGAUGUUAAACUUCAAAGAAGUUUAGAUCUCUUAUAUAGACCUAUUACACUAUUUGAAUCUCUUAUAAUACACAUUUCUGUUAUUCAGUACAAUGGAAUAACUGAAACAAUAUAUUGGGACUAUAGUGUCUGUAAAUUUACACUCCUUUAUAUCCUUAAGUGAACCAAAUGACAUCUUGUUUUCUUUUUAUCAAAGAAAAUUAGAGGAAAAGGAGCUGUUCAUAUAGUCAAAGUUAUUUAACAUGUACCCAUGUGUUUAUAGCAAUAAGCCAUAUUGUUUGUAUAUCUUGAUGAUGCAACUUGAAAAUAUUUGACGUACUUCUUUUUUAUUUAAUUUUCCUUCUAUGCCACUUCUGCUUUACUUUACAAUAUUUCAGAGAAAGAUAUUUUCACUUUCACAUUUGUUGGACAGCUCCAGUAACUGGUUACCUUUCAGAUUUUACACUUAAAGAAAUCUUUGGUUUUGUAAAAUAUUAUACAUUGAUACCUUGAUAAUGAAUAUAAAGUUUAAUACUAUUAGUCCCGCAUUGAAGUGAUAGAAAAAAACAUUACUUGUCAAUACAUUAGCAGUAAUUAUCCGUUAACUUUCAUAUAAUAUGACACUGACAAGAGCAAUUCAGCUGCAUAAUUAUUACUUUUACUACUGAUACAUUUUUGGUUCAAAAUAUGUAUUUCCAUAAAUAAAAGACUCUAUUUUCAGACAUUUAAGGAGCGGAUUAUAAGGUAAGAUAUUACAAUAUCAAUAAACGGAUCUAUUUUUUCAUACAUAAGGUGGACAGGAUUAUAAGGCGCAUUAAACAAAACAUGACUGAUA